AGCUGUUCUUUAGGGCCAGGAGAAUCAAGUAUGUUUGAAGGCCUUAUGAAUGGAGCCAGAAUAGAAAAAGAGAAACAGAGGUUUAAGAAAGAGAGGAGAGUGUGGAGUAGUGUGGUGCUUGUGAGUGUCCAGCAUGGCGUACCGGGGCCAGGGCCAGAAGGUGCAGAAGGUGAUGGUGCAGCCCAUCAAUCUUAUCUUCAGAUACUUGCAAAAUAGAUCGCGGAUUCAGGUGUGGCUUUAUGAGCAAGUGAAUAUACAGCAGAUAGAAGGCUGUAUCAUUGGUUUUGAUGAGUAUAUGAACCUUGUAUUAGAUGAUGCAGAAGAGAUUCAUUCUAAAACAAAGUCAAGAAAACAACUGGGUCAGAUCAUGCUAAAAGGAGAUAACAUUACUCUGCUCCAAAGUGUCUCCAACUAGAAGUGAUAGAUGAAGUGAGAAAUUGUUUGGCAAUACCGUUGCGUUUUUUAGGUGUCCUUUGUUAGAGAUGUAGUUCUAAAACUUGUAUUCAUAUUGUUCUGCUCACCCUUAUGUUAUUACCAGAUGACAAUAAAUGCUGUGGGACUGUUUUUAUCAAAAAAAAAAAAGAAAGGAGAUGAUGAUGGGACACAGCCCUGCCUUCAUACACUCCCCCGAGAAGUACAUUACUUAUUCUGAUAGACUUGGUAGAGCACCCUUAGUAUAUACUUCUGUUGGUUUUUCUGGAGCGUGAACAGCUGUAGCAGAGGUAACUGGUGAGCAUGUUUUGUGCUUUUCCUCCCUGGUCAAAGCACAUCAGCAUGACCAGAGAAUUCCUACCUUCAGAGAGCUGGUUGGUAAAGGGGGAAGCUUGUGGCUUACAGCAAUAUGCUGGAUUGGUGUUGUAUAAAGCCUAGAAAACACUCCUGUUGGGUAAGGGAAACAGUGAUAUGAAGUGAAAUGUGGCUCUAAAAGUAUUUAAUAUAGGGGAUAUUAAAGUUUAAAGCUGUUGUCGUAGUUCAUGUGCUAGUUCAUUCCUUCCACUUCCCGCCCUUAGCCAUGUGCUCUUGUACCUUAAAUUCAGACAGAAAGAUGAAACCUAAAACAUACCAUUGGGGUUGCUGUUAGAUGAUUGAAAAGAGUCAACUUAGUUCCUGAA